AUGAGAGGAUCAGUGCCACUUAUUUUAGCCUCGAUCCUGCUGAUUAGUUGCCGCUCAUACUCCAAUUCAAGUGCUGAAUAUUGCGAGAAUGACACAUGCGAAUCAAUGGACGGACCAUGCUUCAUUCCACGCCAGAAGGGAAUAUUAACUCGUCUGGAAGGAGUCAGAGUAGGUUGUUCCGCUUUUUAAGGGGGAGGGGGAUAUAAAUAUAAUUUCAUGAUCAAACGAGUAUCCAAAUGGUGGAGCAAAUGAAAUUGCUGUCAUAUGCCAUUUUGUCUGAAAAAUUUAAAUUUAUUUUGAACCCAGUACUGAGUACAUUGUUUAGUUUCUUUCUUGUUUAUUGUUUUACGCGUGAGGUAACAGCCGGUCAGAUAUCAAAUGAGUCAUUUUUCUUGUAGAUAUAAAACUUUUGUGGCCUCAAAAUUUGUCUUAUAAUUUGGAUGGGUUACCAAACAGGGAGAAUAAAAUCUAGAACAGAUAUAAUGAAUAUGUUUGAACUAUUGGGAGUAUCAAUGCUACUUUGAAUAGGGUAACCUAAGGCUGGUACCAGCAAAACUGGAAGGGCGCUGGCAUGCAUGAGCUUCACUGACAUUAGCAACCACUGGCUCACUUGGUUUGUAGACAGGACACUGGUGAACGAUCAACAUGUCCAACUUCUAUUGUAAAACAACGAUGGACGAGAAGCUAAACACCCUUGCAUGUAGUAGAACGUAACCAAGAACACCCCGGAACCCGUCAAACGCAUAAACGGCAAACGUCAAGUAAAUGUAGCAUUUUACAAAUCGGGGUUUCUCUCUGACAGGCGUUGCGGGUACUUCCGGUUUUUUUUUCGGAAUGAUCCAGGGUGUUCCGGUGCAGUCAGAGUCUUGGCCCUAAUGCCAAACGCUCCAGACCUUCUUUAACUUCCAGCUCAUUUAGAGUUUCUUUUAGUUGACAUCGUGAAUUAAAUUAGAAACUGCUUGAUUGGAAUUAAUAACUUUCCCUCGGAAAAAAAUUUGGACGAACUUCUUUAGGACCGUUGGUACAAAAAGUUCUAUUCUAAUACUAGAUUCUGUAAAAAAAGACUUUUGGACGUACAUGUACAGCACUUCUUUUGUAUCUAUGACGUUUCGCCGCGGUCAGUUUUAAGAUCGCAUUUCAAUCUUUGAAAAAUUAAGGUACGUGAAUAAUCAACAGGCCGCUUUUCACUGUACUGUUUGGAUGUAUUCUUAACCAUCUUGAACCAACUUAGGCUAGCCUUGUAAUUCGUCAGUGUAUAACAAAUGAGGGCAAACAGACGGAUCAUCUGUCCAAACGGAAUCAGGUGCUCAAGUCGUCUUGAAUCAGAUUCUUCUCCGGAACGGAUGAUCCAUACUUAUGGGUCUCAAUGGGGUGGUAGCUCCGACGGCUGACGGUUAACUUUUAGAGCUUUUGACGGUUGACGGUUUUUAAGUGGAAAUUUACUACAAGAGUUUUAGUAAAGAUUAUUUUCUAUAUAUGUUUAUAUUAACUAGUGUGUUUUGGAGGUUGACUUGGCCUUUCACUUAUAAAAUUUGGAAACAAUUUCAGAUAUAAUGGCACAAGGUCUUGAAAUGUCUAGAAGGAGUCGGUUUUUGAGAACUGACAUAGGAACUGGUUUUCUAGUUUCACUCUAGAGAUUCAGUCUUCAGGAGCCAGAAGUCCAUGAAAAUCAGCAGAAAUACUUUAAAAAAAGCAAGAUUUGAAACGUCUUAUUGAAACUUUUUGAUCGUUAAUAUCAAUCUGCAUUUUUGACGGUUGACGGUAUAUAUGUGUAAAAAAAAAUUACCGUUUUUGACGGUUGACGGCUAAAUUUUAGGCCGUUUGAGAGCUGGCGGUUAACCCCGUUGAGACCCUCAUACAGCAUAUAUCCAGCCAAUGAGAAUUUUGUAAAUAGAAUCAACCGAGGUAUAGACUAAGCAAAAUUCGCAAUAAAAUAUCAAUAGAUAUUCAGUGUUAAUUUAUGCCAGUAGCUUCGACAUCUGAAAAUAUUUUGCGCACAGCCAUGUGAUGUUCUUUUUCCUUUUCAGGUUGGUCACAGCCAGGAAGUGACACUAGGGGAGGAUGGAAAAUAUGACGUCAUAACUCGAGCUAUGAAGCCCUUAUUGUUUGGUUAGUGAAAAGUACCAUAUUUGCUUCAACCACCAGACUUCUGGCCUGCCUACACAUUAGGGACAGACCAUUAGAAAAGUUCUGGGGGCGGGGAAGGGGGGAUUUUCAAGCCGUAUGAAUUUUUUUGGCGUCAACUUUUUCCUUCUAUGAAUUUUUAAGGCCAAUGCAUUAAUAUUGUUAGGGGUCUUGACUUGGUGUGCAUGAUUUUUUGUUUUAUUUAAUUUUCCCUUGCGCGGAUAUGUUUUUGUACUUCGCCCCCUCCUUAAAUUUUCUAAUGGUCAGUCAAUUAUUGGUCUUUUAGGAUUCAUACGCUCUGUACAUUCUUAUAUACUUAAGAAUGGGCCAUUGGCAGCUAAGCCGUCACAUGGUGUACAAAAACACCUCGCAUGGACUCAAACAACGCUUGAGACGUUGAAAGAAUUUUUACGUUAUGGAACUCUUUUGGUUUUCUUGCCCCACGUCCGUUUCUUCACUUGUGUCUUAUUUUUUUCUUAGAAAUUCCCAAUUUCCUAUCUGAGGAAGAAUGUGACUAUAUCAUAACACUGGCCAGUGAGAACGAGCUCAUGAAUAGUGUUGCAAAAGGAGGGCUCACAGAGGCUGAUAACUGGAAAUUUGAUCCAUACAGUGAGUAAUAGCACGGCUUCAUGAAUCUUAUAUUAAGAAAUUAGAGAGUGAAACAAUGUACAGUCUGAGAAAACAGCCUACAUUUUGCGACGCCACCUCUUGUUUUCCCGCGAAAUAGCGUCUCACAAACGAGCGCAGAAAUCAUAUACAGAUGACGAUCACUAACCAGAUCUGGGUAGUACUUCUGAUUGUUGGUACCGCGCGGGAAAUUUGUUUCAACCGAUUCAGGAAGCACUACCCGGAUCUGGGUGAUGACGCCGCCGUCAGCCUUCAUCUUCUUCUUUUACGCCAAAGAUCUCUCAGGAUCUGUAGACCCACUCUGAUGCUGUAUUAUUGUUAAGUCUCUCUUCUCAGCAAGGCUGAUAUCCUGCGAUGCCGUUGGCCAUCAGUAUGAAAUUUCUGCAAACGUUGCUCAGACGUCAUUUCGCGGGGAAACCAGUAGUGGCGUCUUGAAAUGGCGGCUGUUUUCUCAGGGUGAACAGCUAGAAAACUGGUAGAAAUCACAGUAUAGCAAGACAUGUUUUCGACCGGCAACCUGUUGUUCUGCCCAGAAUCAAAAUCAAAAAAACUUCGGUAGUACCACUUUUCCGGAAGAAACUCUUGAAAUGAAAGAGAGAGAGAGAGAGAGAGGAGGGGUGUAGAUGACAGUCCCAAUUAAAGAUUUGCCUGUAACUUUUACCAGGGAAGCCGAAAUUGCGAAACUCCGUGGAACACGAUUCAGUAUGAACGAGGACCUCUCGGGUAUCAACCAGUGCGGCAAGACCACGUGAAACACUGCUAUGCAACUUAGGCCUGGCCAAACCUAGACCUUUCAUGAGACGAACGAAACUUACCGAGUUACUCAUCAAAGGUUCGACCUUUGGCUCAGUUUAGUUCUCUCCGUCCAACGUUUGACCCAACAGACGAUCUUAACUUAAUUUAGGUCGACCAAAUAAAAUUAGAGUUUGGUUUGCUUCAUUUUUGGUCUAGGCCCUAGUGAACAGACACUAACUACAAAAGCAGCAGCUAAGGCCUUUCCUGAGACGUACCAAACUCUAAGGUGGGUCGACCUAAAUUAAGUUAAGAUCCUCUGUUGGGUCAGACGUCGAACUUAAGACGCGUUGAACCGGAAUUAACUGAAUCAGACCCGAGUCGGCCAGCGGGUGUUCAAUAAUCAAUUUUCUCCCGGACGAGACUAAAUAUACAAAUUUUAAAUUUAUUGGUUUAGUUCCUCGCAUGUUAAGAUAGAAUUUUGUCCCAGAGACGAUCAUCAGACGUUCUAUCCGUCUGCUUCAGACGGAUAGUUAACAAAUCGUCCACAAUUUUCCGUGAUCUGCGCUCUUAUAGACCAUAGAAAUGACGUGAUAAAAUGUUCAAAACUCAAGUGGAUCCACAAGCCGCAGGCGAGUGUUUUCACUGCAAAGUAUUAAACAUUUUGUGGUGUCAUUUCUAUGAUCCAUAAGAGUGUAGACCAUGGAAAAUUGUGGUCGAUUUGUUUUUUACAAUAACAUUUUUUUUACGAAAAACCAAAAACAAAACAACUGGCACUGCGUUAUAUGUUACGUCAUUUCCAUGGUCUAUACUCUCAUAGACCAUAGCUCUCGUCCAAUCAGCGCGCGAGGAUUCACUCAGUUAUUGUAAAAAAGUUGUUGGACGAUCCAAACUCAUUCAGACGAACUUAACUGAGUCAGACGUCGAACUUUACAUGAACAUAACUCACUAAGUCUGGUUCGUCACACGAAAAGUUCGACGUUUGGCCAAGGCCUAAGAUCAAUUUGAUUGUUCCUCUUUAGUGAUUGACGUUUAUUGUUUGUACAUUUUUGAAUAGUAAUUAUUACGAGCAACGCAUUCUUUAAGAUGAAGAUCAUUCAAUCAAUUAAAAUUUCGUUUUAGUUCAAGGCAAAGCAAAUGGACCCAGAGGACUGUAUAAAAACUGGGACUUUGAUCUAGACGGGAAAAUUACUAUAGAGGAGGUGAGGUUAUAGCUUAGCGGCGGUCUUGAUUCCAGGAUAAAAAUAUGUAGUAAACAACACAGUUGAUCCUAUAUCAUUUACUGAAUUCAUGACUAGGUACGGUUCUAAAAUAUAUCAGUUUGACGAAGACAAAGUUUAUUUGCAGAUAAAAAAGUUUGCAAAGAGAUACAGAUAUCUUUACCUCACGGACGAGGAAGUGAAAAAGAUGUAAGUUGUCGCCGUCCAUCUACUGUAGUGUGUACUGUAGAAUGUUGUGUUAUAAUGGUUCUAAAUGAGUUUUUUCGCAACCAGUUGAUUUGGAUGAUUAUUUAAAACAAGGGAUAUUAAAAAUAAUAUUUUGUUAUUUGUUUUUAGAUUCACCGACUUGAACUUGCACACUUUUUUAGAGGAUGGUAUGUAACUACUAGAAUAAGCUUAAAACUUUGCACAACGACUCCCAGCAAAACGCCACAACAUGCAACAGGAUGUGCAAACGGACGCAAUGUGUAACAUCCAUAUCCAACAAUGUUCGGAUCGAGUUGUUGGCCAACACAUGUUGCAUCCGUUUGCAGGGGGCUUUACUGUGAUUGACAGUCUUAUCUUUGCAUUCAUUGCCUCUGGUAUAUUUCAAAACAAAAAAAAGAAAAGAAAAGAAAGCUACAUCAUCCUCUUGGUCUAGACAGAUCACGCAUGCCAGAUCGCACUAAGGGUGUAGAGUGCGCCUCUUACUUGCGCUAUCGAUUCCGCGCUUUAUGUGAUAAAAUACUUAAUGAACAUUUCUGGGGUUGAGGAGUCUUUCUCGGAGCAGAUCAAACCAUGUUAGACCAGGAUCUAUUAUGGAGAAAAAAAAUGUAGAUUUACAUCAAAUUUGCUCGAGGUAGAUAUCAUGUAUACUGAAUCGCAAACAAAGAGGAAAAGCAAUGGCAUGGCAAAUGCCGUAUUUCCUCUCUAACUUACAUGCAACCUCAUGUGAAUUAGGAUACAAACGUUCUAUUUACAACCUUUACCCUUGUUUUUCUCCUAGUUUUUUGCCUAAUAUUUAUCUCGAGCAAAUCAGAUGUAAAUGUAUUCUGUGAGAUCUAUUUGCCUUGAAAAGAAGGAAUAUCAUGAUGUAUAUAUUCACUGAUAAGACCAACUGCUGAUAGCUGAUAGUGAGUUAUAUGGCUUAAUCAGACCUCUCUUUUUCCAAAAUAGGCAUAAUUACUCCUGAGGAGUUUGAACAUUUGAACACCAUUUUGAUCGACAGUUACAUGUAUGAAAUGGGUCGUAGCCAUCCUCGCCACAGAGAAAGAUUCAGUGAACAAACAUGGCUGACGCAAGAACACGAAGACGGGCUUCUUCAGGGAAUUCGCUUGAGGUACAAUAAAACAUGUCCAGUUUCUUGUACGAUGAAAUAUUUAGAAUUAUUUUAAUUUCAUUUUAGAUUAAUGGGUCUUUUUUCACAUCAUAACAUUUAACCUUAUGGCUAAAAGACAAACGAAGAAAUAUAGUUUUGUUAAUCAGGAGUUCGAGUAGCUGAGUUCGCUUAGCCUGUAUUUGCAAGCUGUUCGCAUUCAUUGCUGUGUAUUUUACUUUGCAACCCAGUCUUCACGCUGUAAGGGUUGAAUGCAAAACCCCAAACCACUUCCACAUUUCCCAUAAUGUACCUCAUUCGCCUCCCAAAAUUAUGCAUAACCUUGUUUUUCAUUUCUCGUGGGUAUUACACACUGUAAUUUUCAGGGAGUUAUAAUAACUCCUCUAGUGGGGCUAAUUUAACUCCUUACAUUGGAGUUAUUUUUCGUGGAGUUAUUUUAACUCCAAAAAGGAGUUUAAAGAACUCUUUUUCAGGAGUAAAAGAGACCCCAGAUAUUGAGGAGUUGAAAUAACCCCAAAAAAGGAGUUAUCCUGUACCUAAAAUUUUUACUCCACUUUCAGAGUUAAAUUAACUCCAAAAAGAGUAAAAACAACCCAUGUAAGGAGUACAAGUAACCCCAUUUCGGAGUAAUUUUAACUCCAGACUGGGAGUAAAAAGAACUCUUUUUCAGGAGUAAAAAUGACCCCAAAUUCGGAGUUAAAUUAGGAGUUAAAAUAACCCCAAAAAAGGGGUUAUCCUGUGCCUAAAAUUUUUACUCCAUUUUUGGAGUUAUAAUAACUCCCUAAAAAUUACGGUGCAGCCAUUCCAAGAGAAAUUGAAAACAAUGCUUAUGCAAAAUUUUUUUGGGGAAAAUAAGGUGAGGACUUUAAACAAACAAAAGCACCAAGUCAGAAAAUGUUAUUCCCACGCCGGAAAUCGAACCCGGGCCGUAUAUCGGUGAAAGCGCCGAUUAUCCUUACCAUGUACUAAACCAGGUAGGAGUGAUUGGUUCCUGGAGGCAGAAGUAAAGAACUUUAUGUCACUUAAGCGAGAGUUGCUAAAUAAAACAAACCGCUUUCAUUGUAAAAACUGUACUUUUACCUAUUCUAACUGAAAGUAAAGAAAAAUUUUCUCAGGCAGGCCUGUGGCGACGAGCGAGAGCGUCAAAACCGUAACCAGUGGUUGGAGAACAGAGACAUACACAGUGUCAUACAGCUUAAAUGAAUAGGAGUGUUUAUAACUUAAUUAAUAUGCAGCGUUUUUAACUGAUAACUUAUGAUCACAGGUUGUCAUAAACAAGUAUAAAUAAAACUGUUUUGUACAUUGUUGUCUCAUAGGGUUCAAGCCCUAACAAAACUCCCGGAUGAGAUAAUUUACGGAAGCGAGUACAUACAGGUACGAUGCUGAUGAAGAUUCAGCUUGUACCCUUAAAUCUAAGUCUACUUUUUCCUGAAGUGCUUACCAAGCGUUUAAUUAUUGAUUAUCCACUUAAAUUUAUAAAUUUGUAAAUUGUACGUUGUUUCAUUGUCUAAUUAUAAGAUGGAUCCAAUCUAGAAAAAAAAAAACCUGCUCUUCUAAUUACCUAUGACCGCAAUUUAACUUGGGGUACUAAAUUAAAAAUGCCGUUUUUAUGUACCUCUAUUUAAGUUGGCUUGGUGCAAUUUUUUAAUUCUUAUUACCUGACCUUUCCUUCGUUCUCUCCUGUUCACCCCUGUUUUUAAUCCGUUGAGUAGUCUCCCGGCCAAACGGAUGUUUUAUAGUGUAGUUCCUUUGCUCUGUGUUUUGCUUGCAUUGCUUCGCGGCCGUUGACCGAGCUUUCUUCUGUUUACUUUAGUCCAUUCCCAGCUCAUAAGGUAAACCCACAAUUAUGCAUGAAAUUUGAUAUAAAUGAUGUGUGAUUAUAUGUACCUCGACUGUAUGCUAAUUAUCUGGCAGGUUGUUCGUUACGGAGUUGACGGACAUUACCACGCCCACCUUGACAGUGAAACUCAUGAGAAUCCGGAGAUACGCUGUUGUCAUCAGAUUCCAAACGCUGGAACAGAUGGCCGUGGAACAAAAUGCAAGUUGUGCAGGUAAUAUAGGGAUGUCUAGUGCAGCGGCUCACUAUCUAGUAUGACAAUAUUUUGGAAAUCAAGAGAGCAUUCUCUCAUGUGGAAACAAUGGAAUCGAAUCUCUGUAAAUGGCAAUGUGAUCCCACUUGCUGUAAAAAUUUGUUGCAGUUAAGUUGCUCUUACUGCAAUAUAAAGUUUCCGUUUGCUCUACGUUGCUCUACAUUGAGCAUCUUCUUUUUUUAAAGUCACACGAUCUUUACGCCAGAAAGGUUCGUUUAAUUUUCCUAACAUCUUAAACUAAUCACUUUGUCAGGUAUGUCACAAUCCUGUAUUUCUUGAAUGAAGUACCCGCCGGUGGUGAAACAGCGUUUCCAUUAGCUGAUAAUGCCACUUUCGACAAAGAGGUU